CCGCCGGGGUGGGCGCGCGGUGGGACCCCCGGCUGGCCGGAGCGGCGGCGGGAGGGCUCGCACGGGGGAGCCCGGGGGGGUUGACAUGGCCAGCGUCAUCCUGGAGAGCAUCUUCCUGAAGCGCUCGCAGCAGAAGAAGAAAACAUCUCCCCUCAACUUCAAGAAGCGCCUGUUCCUGCUGACGGAGAGCAAGCUGUCCUACUACGAGUAUGACUUUGAGAGGGGGCGCCGGGGCAGUAAGAAGGGCUCCGUGGACGUUGAGAAGAUCACUUGUGUGGAGACAGUGGCACCUGAAAACAACCCUCCCCCUGAGCGGCAGGCCCCGAGGAAAGGGGAGGAUUACAACAACAUGGAGCAGAUCUCCAUCAUCGAACGGUUCCCCUACCCCUUCCAGGUGGUCUACGACGAAGGGCCCCUCUACAUCUUCUCCCCCACGGAGGAGCUGCGCAAGCGCUGGAUCCAUCAGCUGAAGAGCGUGAUUCGGUACAACAGCGACCUGGUCCAGAAGUACCACCCCUGCUUCUGGAUCGACGGCCAGUACCUGUGCUGCUCCCAGACAGCCAAGAACGCCAUGGGCUGCCAGAUUCUGGAGAGCAGGAACGGCAGUUUAAAAGUCGGGCGGUCGCAUCGCAAGACGAAGAAGCCCCUGCCCCCAACUCCUGAGGAGGACCAGAUGGUGAUGAAGCCUCUGCCUCCUGAGCCAGCCCCCAGCACAGCAGGGGAGAUGAAGAAGGUGGUGGCCCUCUACAACUACGAGCCCAUGAACGCGCAGGACCUGCAGCUGCAGAAGGGCGAGGAGUACUUCAUCCUGGAGGAGAGCCACCUGCCCUGGUGGAAAGCCCUCGACAAGAGCGGGAGAGAAGGAUACAUCCCCAGCAACUACGUCACUGAAACCAGAAAUUCCCUGGAGAUCUUUGAGUGGUACUCAAAGAAUAUCACUCGGAGCCAAGCAGAGCAGCUGCUGAAACAGGAGGGUAAGGAGGGGGGCUUCAUUGUCCGAGAUUCCACCAGCAAGACGGGGAAAUACACUGUCUCUGUCUACGCCAAGUCCUCUGCAGACCCCCAAGGCAUGAUCCGCCACUACGUCGUCUGCUGCACCCCCCAGAAUCAGUAUUACCUGGCAGAAAAGCACCUGUUCAACAGCAUCCCAGAGCUGAUCACGUACCACCAGCACAACUCUGCAGGGCUCAUAUCCAGACUGAAGUACCCCGUGUCCCAGCACAAGAAAAGCGCUCCUUCCACAGCUGGCCUUGGCUAUGGGUCGUGGGAGAUCGACCCCAAGGAUCUGACCUUCCUGAAGGAACUCGGGACGGGGCAGUUCGGCGUGGUGAAGUACGGGAAGUGGAGAGGCCAGUACAACGUCGCCAUCAAGAUGAUCAGGGAGGGCUCCAUGUCAGAGGACGAGUUUAUUGAUGAAGCCAAAGUCAUGAUGAACCUGUCUCACGAGAAGCUGGUGCAGCUCUACGGGGUCUGCACCAAGCAGCGUCCCAUCUUCAUCAUCACCGAGUACAUGGCCAACGGCUGCCUCCUGAACUUCCUGAGGGAAACACGGCAGCGGUUCCAGCCUGCCGAGCUGCUGGAGAUGUGCAAGGAUGUCUGUGAAGCUAUGGAGUACCUGGAAUCCAAGCAGUUCCUGCACAGAGACCUGGCUGCUCGAAACUGUUUGGUGAACGACCAAGGAAUUGUGAAAGUGUCAGAUUUUGGUCUUUCCAGGUACGUGCUAGACGACGAGUACACAAGCUCCAUGGGCUCCAAGUUUCCAGUGCGGUGGUCUCCUCCUGAAGUGCUGCUGUACAGCAAGUUCAGCAGCAAGUCUGACGUCUGGUCCUUCGGAGUCCUGAUGUGGGAAGUUUACUCGCUGGGGAAGAUGCCUUAUGAGAGGUUUAACAACAACGAGACAACCGAGCACGUCAUCCAAGGGCUGCGCCUGUACCGGCCGCAGGCGGCCUCGGAGCGGGUCUACGCCAUCAUGUACAGCUGCUGGCACGAGAAGCCUGAGGAGCGCCCCACCUUCACCGCGCUGCUGGGCGGCAUCCUGGACAUCGCCGACGAGGAGUGCUGACCGCGGGCACUGCCCGCUGAGCCCUGCCCAGCGCCGCCACUGCCCGGCG